CCUUAUAUACCAAUAGUUCGACCUGAUGAUAAACAGGUCAAGCGGAUCAAUGUCAAUGGAGUUUGUUGGCUUCCAUUGGCUCCAUUCAGAAAUAUUCUCAAUGGAGCAAUGGAGCAAUGUCAAUGGAGUUGUUCUCCACUCGUCCCAAUGGAUAAAUGUGCCAACCUUGUAUGA